AUGCCGAAUUAUCUUCUCCAGCAUGUUGGCAGUGGUGCAUAUGACCCUGUGCACAUGCUUAAAUCAGUGGAAUGUCGAAUGGUCCCACAUUUUCAUAAGAUAUACGUAUUAUUAUUACAUGGUAAAUGUGUUUUAUACUCUCCUCAGGAGCCUGACAGCUGGGAAAUUAUAGAGGGACUGAAGAUAGGACAGACUAACGUCCAGAAGCCAGACAAACAUGAAGGUUUCAUGCUGAAGAAAAGAAAAUGGCCUUUAAAAGGUUGGCACAAGCGUUUUUUUGUCCUGGAUAAUGGCAUGUUAAAAUAUUCAAAGUCACCAAUUGAUAUACAGAAAGGCAAGGUACAUGGAAGCAUUGAUAUUGGUUUAUCAGUUAUGUCAAUUAAAAAGAAAGCUCGUAGAAUAGACCUUGAUACAGAAGAGCACAUAUAUCACCUGAAGGUGAAGUCCCAGGACUCGUUUGAUGCAUGGGUGUCAAAAUUGCGCCACCACAGAUUGUAUCGUCAGAAUGAAAUUGUAAGAUCACCAAGAGAUGCUAGCUUCCAUAUAUUCCCUUCAGGCUCUACUACAGAAUCUUCACCAGCUGCUAAUGUUGCUGUAUUAGAUGGAAAGGUACAACAAAAUAGCUUCCCAUGGCAAUCUCCUAUACCAUGCAGUAAUAGCCUUCCUGCAACAUGUACUACUGGUCCAAGCAAAGUAGCAGCUUGGCUACAGGACUCAGAGGAGAUGGACAGAUGUGCAGAAGACCUUGCACACUGCCAGUCAAAUCUUGUGGAACUUAGCAAACUUCUUCAAAAUCUAGAAAUACUACAGAGAACUCAGUCAGCACCAAACUUCACUGACAUGCAGGCUAACUGUGUAGAUAUUUCAAAGAAAGACAAGAGGGGCACAAGACGAUGGAGAACAAAAAGUGUCAGCAAAGAUGCAAAAAUACAGCUUCAGGUCCCUUUCAGUGCUACAAUGUCACCAGUUCGCCUGCAUUCGUCCAAUCCCAACCUUUGUGCAGACAUUGAAUUUCAGACUCCCCCGAGCCAUGUAGCUGACCCCUUGGAAUGUUCCACAGAUUACAUCAAACUUCAAGAAGAGUUUUGCCUUAUGGCACAGAAAGUGCAUUCUCUUUUGAAGUCUGCCUUUAACAGCAUAGCUAUAGAGAAGGAGAAGCUUAAGCAGAUUGUUUCAGAACAGGAUGUUACCGGCCACAAUGCACAAAUAGCACAUCUCCGACAGUCGCUUUCUCAGGCUCUCAACCAGAAUGCUGAACUAAGGAGUCGCUUGAACAGAAUACAUUCAGAGUCUGUUAUUUGUGAUCAGGUUGUCAGUGUAAAUAUUAUCCCUAGUCCUGAUGAGACUGGUGAACAAAUCCAUGUUAGUCUCCCAUUGAACCAACAAGUUUCUAAUGAGAGCAGGCUCUCUAUGUCUGAAUCUGUCUCUGAAUUCUUUGAUGCACAGGAAGUACUUAUAUCAGCAAGCUCUUCAGAAAAUGAGGCUUCUGAUGAUGAAUCUUACAUCAGUGAUGUGAGUGAUAACAUAUCUGAGGACAAUACCAGUGUCACUGACAACAUAUCCCGACAAAUUCUCAAUGGUGAGCUGACAGGAGGCGCCUUCAGGAAUGGACGACGGACUUGUCUUCCAGCUCCCAGUCCUGAUACCAGUAACAUCAAUCUGUGGAAUAUUUUAAGAAAUAAUAUUGGUAAAGAUCUCUCCAAAGUGUCCAUGCCAGUUGAGCUCAAUGAACCUCUCAAUACUUUGCAACAUCUUUGUGAAGAACUAGAAUACAGUGAACUCUUGGACAAGGCUGCUGAAACAGAUGACCCCUACGAACGCAUGGUUCUUAUAGCUGCCUUUGCAGCUUCCGGAUAUGCUUCCACUUACUUCAGAGCAGGAAGCAAGCCAUUUAAUCCAGUGCUUGGUGAGACUUAUGAAUGUAUUAGAGAAGAUAAAGGAUUUCGAUUUUUUUCAGAGCAGGUUAGCCACCAUCCACCCAUUUCUGCCUGUCACUGUGAAUCAAAGAAUUUUGUGUUUUGGCAAGAUAUCAGAUGGAAAAAUAAGUUCUGGGGGAAAUCGAUGGAAAUUCUUCCAGUUGGAGCACUGAAUGUGACUCUUCCAAAGUAUGGAGAUCACUAUGCAUGGAACAAAGUCACAACCUGCAUACAUAACAUCCUUAGUGGAAGGAGAUGGAUAGAACAUUAUGGAGAAAUAACUAUCAGAAACACAAAAAGCAGUAUUUGUAUUUGUAAACUCACAUUUGUCAAGUUAAAUUACUGGAAUUCAAAUGCAAAUGAAGUCCAAGGAGUUAUCAUGGACCAAGAAGGAAAGGUUGUGCAUCGCCUCUUUGGAAAGUGGCACGAAGGACUGUACUGUGGAGUUGCACCUUCAGCAAAGUGUAUAUGGAGGCCAGGCUCCAUGCCAACGAACUAUGAACGUUAUUAUGGUUUUACAAGGUUUGCUAUUGAGCUCAAUGAGUUAGAUCCUGCGUUAAAAGAUCUUCUUCCAGCAACAGAUGCACGAUUUAGGCCAGAUCAAAGAUUUUUGGAAGAAGGAAAUGUAGAAGCAGCAUCAGCUGAUAAGCAGAGAAUAGAGGAACUCCAGAGAAGUAGAAGGCGGUACAUGGAAGAAAACAACAUUGAAUACAAACCAAAAUUUUUUAAAAAAGUUAACGAUGCCAAUCAAAGAGAAGCCUGGGUUUCUAAUGACGCCUAUUGGGAACUACGAAAGGAUCCUGGCUUUAGUAAAAUAGAAACCCCAGUACUCUGGUAAACUGAGAAUGUAGAUCUGGUAAACAUAUCACUCUCUGAAGAAAAAAAUAACUAUGCACAAUAUGUUUCUUAUAGCUAAGUGUGGUUUGUGGGUCUACACAAAACCUACCAUUUGCUUUUUAUAUUCAUCUUUAUAAAGGACUUUCAAAAGUGCAUUAGACCAGGCUCCUGACCACUUUUGGAUCCUUUUAAUUUUGCAGCAGCCAUUAAAAAAACACAAAAAAAAACCAAGCAAACAAAAAAAAGACAAAAAAAACCUUUUAAUGUUCAUACGCUGAAAAUGCAGAACAGAAGAAGCAGAUAAAUUAUCCAUAGUCAUUCUGAAGUAGUAGUACAACACAAAACUGCAACCGGUGCUUUAAAAAGAAGUUAAGAGUAAUGGGGGAUGGGAUGGGGCAGUGCAGGGAGAGGGUUGAAAAAGAAAGGAAAAAGGGAAGAAAAAGAAAAAAUCCGUUUUGUUGUAACUUAUUUUGGUAAAGUUCUCGAGUCACAACACUCUCUCAUUUCUGGCUUCAGAUUAGUCCUUUGAUGUGAUGUGCUUGGGCUGGCCUUGUCAAAAAGACAUAAUGCUUUUCUGGAAGCUGUUCCCAUUCAUAUGCCAUUGUCCAUGCCUUAAAAAAAACCAUGAAGAUGUACAAUAAGUCAUUUAAAUAUGUAUUGUUAGGCUUGUGUGAAGGGCAGAUUUUUAAAGCGUUAGGAUUUUAUUUAUAUUAUAGAUGUUGGAGAA